AUGUACAUGGAUGAUAUACGGAAACAGUGGAUCGAAAUUACUGGUCGUAAAGACUGGAUUCCGACUAAAUCAAGUACCAUUUGUUCACAACACUUUAAUGAAGAUGACUUCGAGGUCAAAAAUUCUAAGAAGAGAUAUUUAAAAAACGGUGCAGUACCACAUGUACAAGUUGUGUACAUUGUUAAUGAUACAAAGGAUUCUACUUUGUCAUCACGAAAACGUACUCAGAAGAACAUAGGCAAUGAAAUAAUAAACAAACGUGCUAAAGUUCAGGAAAUUGUAGAUCCAAUACUGACAACUUCUUCAACGGUAACGGUAAUGGAAGAGAGUGCUAGUCAAACAAUAAGGGAUGUAGAUCCAGUACCGUUAAACUCUUCAACAGUAUUCAUGGAAGAGAGUGUUAAUCAACCAAUUAAGGAUAUAGAUCCAGUACCGACUAAUUCUUCAGUAUUAAUGGAGGAGUGUUCUAGUAUAGCAAUACAGGUAACAACGGACUAUGUAAAAAAAUUUCAGUCCAGUGUUCCUUCCUUCAUUGACUCCAAUGCGUCAACGCCGAGAAAAAGAAGAUUAACACGAAUAACAUCUUCUAAAGAAAAUAUCAUAAAACACCAAAGAAAUCAGAUUAAAAGAAUACAAGCACAAAAUCGGCGAUUAAAGAAAAAAAUACAUAAAAUGGCAGAUAUAAUAAAUGACUUAGAAAAAAAGUUUUCACUGAAAGAAGAACAGAAGAUUAUAUGUGUUAAAAGGAUAAUGAGGAAACUUAAGAAUGAUGCAGGACGCAGUUUGAUGCAGCCGAUGGGCACCGUGGUCAUCACAUUCGCUUCUAAUGUUUUGCCGGACCACGUCGAUCUUUAUGGUUGGCGGUUCGUGUUAAAUCAGUAUAUUACACCAGUGAAGCAGUGCUACAACUGUCUGAGUGGGGUAUGGCCACUUAGCAAAGUACUGUAA